CACUCACCCUGCAUUCAUCCUCAGCUGACAGCCUGACAGCGCUGCUAUGGGACCGAGCUGCUUUCCCCGACUGGACCUGGGAUAGAAACUCACACAGCUCACACACAAACAAACACACAGACACUGUAGACACAAAACACACAAACAAAGCGCUUCUUUUCUUGACCAUGACGGAUACUGCAGUCGAGGAGGACAAGGACCCUGAUAUUGAACUAUUUGUCAAGGCUGGAAGUGAUGGGGAGAGUAUUGGAAACUGUCCUUUCUCCCAGAGGCUCUUCAUGAUCCUGUGGCUGAAAGGAGUCGUCUUCAAUGUCACCACUGUUGACCUAAAGAGGAAACCAGUCGAUCUCUACAACCUGGCACCGGGGACACACCCGCCCUUCAUCAGCUUCCAGGGAGAGGUUCUCACCGACGUCAACAAAAUAGAGGAGUACCUGGAGGCUGAGCUGUCUCCACCAAAGUAUCCCAAACUCGCUGCCAGGAACCGUGAAUCCAACACAGCAGGAAAUGACAUCUUCGCCAGGUUCUCAGCAUAUGUCAAAAACACAAGGCCAGAUAAACAUGAUGCGUUGGAGAAGAGUCUGAACAAGGCCCUGGCUCACCUGGAUGAGUAUCUGAUGAGUCCACUGCCUGAAGAAGUUCAGUCUGGGCGCCACAGCGGUGAUGGAGAGUCCAACCGCAAAUUCCUGGACGGAGAUGAGCUGACGUUGGCUGAUUGCAAUCUUCUCCCCAAACUUCAUGUUGUCAAGGUGGUUGCAAAGAAAUACAGAAAAUAUGACAUCCCGUCUCAGUUCAGAGGUGUGUGGCGUUACCUUGGCAAUGCCUACGACCGAGACGAGUUCACCAACACCUGCCCAGCUGAUGCAGAAAUCGAGCUGGCUUACAGGGACGUAGCCAAGAGGCUGGGGAAAUGAACGCACCUCAACCACAAGCACUAAAAUACUUUUGUCUCUAUUUAAAAAAUCAAUUGAAUCAAAGUCUUGACACACGAUGUGUCAUUUUAAACACUAAUAGGGCUAUAGUAAAUAUUGCUAAAUAUUCCGAAAUGAGUCAUCACAAGUCUGAUGCCUUGAAAACGGUUAAGACUGUGAUGAUUAUAUAUGUGAUUUUUCAAAACACAAGGUGAUUUUUAUUUAUUAAAAUAAAUGUUGUUAGUUUGCAGUAGACCAUAAGCUAAAUUCCACCUUUAAACAACAACUGUCAAAUCAUGCAUUAGGAACCACAGCAAGGAUUUUUCACUAGGGUGAAUCUGUUUAUAUGGAGCUGUAAUAGGAGAAAAAACGUAUGCAAAGAAUUUGGAAUAUCAUCUGUGUACAUCUUUGCAAUUCUUUUUUCAACUUACAUUCUAAAAAAAGAAAAUCUAAAGAGAAAAGAUCUUCCUUAUCCAUUUCUUGUUCAUUUUUCUUGUAAAUUGACAAAUGUUUGUCAGUUUAAGAUGUUCUUGUUCAUACUUGCAAGCACAAAACACAGAAUUUAAAAAAAAUAAUAAUGUCGAUAAUUGCUUUUGUCUACAAGCCUAAUUUUGAAGCUACAAACAUACAUGAACAAGUUAGAUUAAGUGGGGGAAAAAAUGAUAAUGAGCCCAUCUUUCAUUUGAUUAACUUUAAUGAUGCAAAUUAAACAGAGAACUGCAAAGUGGUAAAAGAACAACACAAUUAAAUAAAAGUGUAAAGAAUCACUUCAAAUUUGUUUUUAACUACUUCAACCUGUGCUGUAAAUGUUAGCAUGUCUUGCUAAUUAGUAAUUAGCUUACUUCCUUAUCAAGUGUUGCUAAAAAGCCAAGAAGCAGGACAUGAGCUAACUUAACUAGCUGCUGUCUUUUAGCAUAAUGUAGCACUGAAGUGCACAUUAAAGAUGUCUCUGUUGAUUCUUGUUUAUAAAGAAAUGACAUAGAAACAAACUGAGAAAGCAUUUUUAAGUAGCUUGUGAAGCUAAAGUUAGCUUACUCGGCUAGCUUGCUACAGCUACAGCUAGCUGAGUUAGCUAAUUUUAGCUGGAAACAGUUGGAAUUUUAGUUGGUUGAACUGACAGCAGUUGGACAGGAAUUUAAAAUAAUAUUUUCUUUAUGUCUAUUUGUAAUUAGGAACCCACGUUUUGGAAGAAAUGGGUACAUUUAGGAAGAUGGGUGUUAGCAAACAGUGAAAACAGAGGUGUCAAAGUUGGAGGAGAGAAUACAGUUUUGCUAAUGAAGCUAGUGCUACAGGUGUAUUUUUCCAAUCUCUAAUGAGGUAUUAUCCACUCACUAAUUAAAUUCUAACUAUUUCAUGUCAUAAAUGUCCUUCACAGGAAUGAUAAGAUGCAUAGAACAAGGUCUGAUUAUGUUUUUUUCUUUUUUCUGCAUUUAUGUAUGAUUUGGAUUAAUGUAUUUCCACACUGCAGGAUGUUAUUGGAAAGCACUGGUAGGAAUGUGUUUCAGCCAAAGUCUUUUACUGCUGCAGUGUCAGCUUGGUAGACUUCAGAGAUGUGGUGUCUCUUUUCCUAACGAGGCAAUGAACAUUUUAUUUGACUUGUUAAAUUUUGUGUUUCACAUUUCCUUUUGAAGUUACAAAUCUCUUUCUGUAUUUUUAUAGCCUCCCAACACAGUUUACAGCCCACAAGCUAUACUGUCAGUCCUUAUCUAAAAAGGCCUGUCUUAGUAUUUCAGAUUAAAAGCAUACAUUCAAUCUGAAAAUUUGUCUCAAUGCAAUCACCAAAAAGAUAAUGUAACCAUCCAGUUGUUGUAUUGUCGUGUGAUUUAAUGCACACUGAUGGUAGUGAAUGUCAUUUUAAUUACGAGUGCCUUAGUGGGAAUCAAGCUCCCCUCCGCCUUCAGCUCUUUAUGUUUGUACAGUAAAUUAUGUUUAAAUAUAAUAAGAAUGUGAAUUUUCCAAAGGCUUUUCCUGCUCUGAGUGAGAUUGAUAUGUCUGUAUAUGAUCAGCAGCUUUAUUCAUAAUCUUUUUGUUGAUUAGAACCUCGAAGCCACUGUGUAUACUGUGUUGCUCAUUUGAAUAAUAAAUCUAUUUUCUCAAAGA